CACAGAGCACAGACGCAUAUUGGACACUGUACACCUCGGCAACUCCAUUCCUCUGAACGGGCCACACAGAGGUGCAUGGCCCCAUCCCCUUGUAUCGUGAUGAAUCCUGUGCAGGGGUCGCCGUCCCAAGACGCCAAACAGCUUCAUCAAAAAGAGGAGACGGACACGGAGGGAGAGGAACUUCAGCCGAAAGACAUGACCACUGAGAAAGGAUACAAACUGCAGCGGAGCAGCCUCCCGUUUAGCGUUGAGUCGUUGAUUUCCAAGAAGACCACCUGUCGGACUUCUUAUUCCCCCUCAGAUUUAGCUCUGGUGCUGCCCAAGCCCGUGGCGGGGCAGGGCGCGCAGUUCUCUCCAAGGACUUUUUACGCGGAGAGUAAGGUCCCCGCGGAGAGCUCGCAGGGUGUUUCCAGUAGUUCCAGCGAGGACAGUCCGCAGUUUUGUGAGAAAGAUCAGAGCACUUGGUUCCAGACGUCCUCCUUUUCUACUCCUCCUCGCAGCUCCAGUCCAACUCAGUGUACUUUAAGGAAACACAAAAACAACAGGAAACCUCGCACACCCUUCACUACCUCUCAGCUGCUGGCACUGGAGCGCAAGUUUCGCCAGAAGCAGUACCUCUCCAUCGCCGAGAGAGCCGAGUUCUCCAACUCUCUCAACCUGACGGAGACUCAGGUCAAAAUCUGGUUCCAAAACAGGAGGGCCAAAGCCAAGAGACUGCAGGAGGCCGAGCUGGAAAAGUUUAAACUGGCCUCCAAGCCUGUCCUGCCCGCCUUCGCGCUGCCGUUCCCUAUCGGGGCGCACAUGGGCUCUCCAACAUGGGGCCCGUCAAAUGCCUUUCCGAGGCCCAGUCUGCCGGUCCCAGGACUGUUCAGUGGACCCGUUACUUAUGGGAUGUACUAUUUGUCUUAGUAUUCCUGUGUUUAAGUGUGUGUGCGCGUGCGUGCGUGUGUGUGUAUGUGGGUGGGUGUGUGUGUGUGUGUGUGUGUGUGUGUGUGUGUGUGUGUGAUUUUAAGAGAAAACAAUGAUGUCUUCUGGUUGCAAUACGCGAAUGAGGAUGGUGCGUCUUUAUUUACAUCCUGAAGAACCAUUUUAUAUAUUUCCAAUUUGGAGUUGAGAUAAAUUUUUUUUCUAACCUCCAGAAUUUAUGACAAAUAAAAUUUCGGACACAUUUUUGAUAAACAAGUGUGUGCGUAUUCGGACUGAGUGCUUUCGCUUACUGUCCUCAUUUUGAGAUCGUGUCCAGUGCUGUGGCUUGUGGAUUCGCAGGCCUUUUUAGGCAACACUCCAAAUGUAAAUGUCAGGUUUUUAAACGACAUGCCUUAAAUAUCUCUUUGCAGUCCAUCCACCGUGCUCCGCAGUAGUUUGUGAAACUGGACGUUUAAAGAGUGUCCAGACAUGGAGACAAUAAUCUACUGAAGCGGAGGAAAAAAUCCUUAAAAGCAACAGAAAAGUACUUAAACGGUGUCAGUGCCUUAAGACCAGUGUAUCACUUGAAGUUUUUCUGCUCAUUCAGCAUUGACUGUUUUCUGUCAUCAUCGGGUAAAACUGCAGUUUUCCAGACUUGCUAUUUGAAUGUUUGUAUUUCCUUACAGCGGUUCCUUUCACAUUUUCUAUAUUUUGUAAACAUGGAGCAAAAUUAUAUUUUAGAAAACACAUGUAUUAGAUAUUAUUUUACUCUCAACGUGGCCUUUGUGGGAGUGAUAAUAGAUUUUCUUUGGGGAAUUUUGCUGUAAAUGUAAAUAAAAUGUGUAGUAUUCAUAAAGCCCUGCAGCCUCGCUUGAAGAGCAGCGGGAAAAGUGAUAUUUAUUGAAUAUCUUUGUAUCUGUACUGUGUACAUACAUCUCCCUUUCUAAAUGUUCAGUUACUUGUAAAGACUGAUUUUUAGUAAAUAAACAUUAUACAACGUC